AUGGCGCUGAACCUGGACGAGGUUGAUAGCGAGGUCAAGGACGUGUUCGAUGUCAAGGUCGAAGUCGAUGACGAGGUCAAGAACGAGGUCUACGACGAGGUUGAUGGCGAGAUCGAGGACGUGAUCGAAACCGUGGUCGAGACCGUGGUUGAGAACGUUGUCGUGGACAAGGUAGAGGAUGAUAUCGAGGACGAAGUCAAAGACAAGAUCGAGAUUGAGGACAAGAUCGAUUAUAAGGCUGAGGAUGCGGUCGAGGACAAGGUCAAAGUCGAGGUCGAUGACGAGGGAGAAGACGAGGUCGCGGACGUGGUUGACGACGAGGAUGAGGUCGAGGAUGUCGAGGACGAGUUCGAGGACAAGUUCGAGGACGAUGUCAAAGACCAGGUAGAGGAUGAGGAUAAGAUCGAUAAUGAGGCCGAGGGUGCGGACGAGGUCGAUGACGAGGUCGAAGAUGUGGUUGAGAAGGUAGUCAAGGACGAAAUCGAAGAUUUGGUGGAAGAUGAUAUUGAGGACUAG